AUGCGGGCGGUCGGGGCCGUGGGAGUCGGUGUGCUUUUGGCGCUACUGGCCGCUGUGGUGCCCGGCGGCGUGUCGGAGCUGGUGACGCUGGUGCAGGAGAAGAUGAAGCCCGAGUCUGCCCUGCUGAAGCCAAAGGUUAUGAUCGCCAUCGUGGCUCGCAACGCAGCGCACAGCCUGCCACAUUACCUGGGCUGCAUCGAGAGGCUGGAGUACCCGAAGGAGCGCAUCGCGAUUUGGGCAGCAACAGACCAUAAUGUGGACAACACCACUGCCAUGUUAAGAGAAUGGCUGAAAAGAGCCCAGCGUGUCUACCACUAUGUGGAGUGGAGACCCAUGGAGGAGCCGAGGUCGUACACAGAUGAGUGGGGCCCGAAGCACUGGCCUCCUUCAAGGUUCAACCAUGUGAUGAAGCUGAGACAGGCGGCGCUGAAGGCUGCCAGGGAACGAUGGGCCGACUACAUACUUUUUGUAGACAGUGACAACCUGCUGACGAACCCUCGUGUGCUGAACCUGCUGAUGGCUGAAAACCUGACCCUGGUAGCUCCCAUGAUGGAGUCUCGCUCGCUUUACUCCAACUUCUGGUGUGGCAUCACCCCACAGGGUUACUACAAGCGAACCCCAGACUACCAGCCAAUCAGGGAGUGGAAGCGGCUCGGCUGUUUUGCUGUUCCCAUGGUGCACAGCACCUACUUGUUAGACCUGCGUCGUGAAUCCAGCAGGGACCUGGCUUUCUACCCUCCGCACCCGGACUACAGCUGGGCAUUUGAUGACAUCAUGGUGUUUGCAUUCUCGGCACGUCAAUCCGGUGUGCAGAUGUACGUGUGCAACAAAGAACAUUACGGCCUGCUGCCUGUCCCUCUAAAAGCACAGCAGAGUGUGGAAGAUGAAAGCGAGAGUUUUAUACACACCAUCACCGAGGCUUUGAUUGACCACGACAUUGAGCCCACUGAGCACCUGUACUCCCCGCCGUCACCGCAGGACACCACUGGUUUUGAUAAAAUUUUCCUGAUCAAUCUGAAGCGACGGCUGGACAGAAGAACCAGGAUGCUGAAAACAAUGUCUGCACUGGGUCUACACGCCACACUGGUAGACGCAGUGGACGGCAAAGCUCUCAAUACGUCCCAGCUGCAGGCGCUGGGAAUAGAGAUGAUGCCGGGCUACAAGGACCCUUACUCUGGACGAGUCCUGACCAGAGGGGAGAUCGGUUGCUUCCUCAGCCAUCACUCUAUAUGGACACAGGUGAUAGAGCAAGGCCUCCAGAGGGUUCUUCUUUUAGAGGAUGACGUGAGGUUUGAGCCCAGGUUUAAACGACGGCUCCAGGCCAUAAUGGAUGACAUAGACAAAACCCAGCUGGACUGGGACCUCAUCUAUGUGGGGCGUAAGCGUAUGCAGGUGCAGCAGCCGGAGCAGUCCGUGGACGGCGUGAACAACCUGGUCAAGGCUGACUACUCCUACUGGACACUCGGCUAUGCGCUGUCACAGCAGGGAGCCAGGAAGUUACUGGCUGCAGAGCCAUUCGCGAGGAUGCUGCCCGUUGACGAGUUCCUGCCCAUCAUGUUCAACAAACACCCAAACACUGACUACAUGUCCCACUUCGAGCCGCGGGACCUGAAGGCCUUCUCUGUGGAGCCGCUGCUCAUUUAUCCCACCCACUACACCGGAGAGCCAGGCUACAUCAGCGACACAGAGACCUCUACCAUCUGGGACGACGAGGCCGUGGCCACAGACUGGGACCGGCAGCACGCCCGCAAGACGGCCCAGCAGGGCAGUAUCCGCCCGGUGGCACAGAACAGCGUCACUGGAGACUCACCGCCUCCUGCAGCUCGAGCCUCAAGGGACGAACUCUGAUACGGAGACCUGGGACUCACAGAGAAAGACUCGUGGUACCAUGCCGUGUACACACAGUGACUGUCGUGUGUACGCACACUUGAAAAAAAACACUUGAACUGACAUACUGUACGUUCAUUUACACACACACUGGUGUCCGAGUGGAUGAAAGCUAGGAUGUCAAUCUACUCUGCUGCCUGAUGAGGGGAUACUGAGGAAAGGAGGAAGAGGAGAAUCUGGGACGAGGGCCAGCCAGCCUUUGACAAAAGCUUUAUUUAUUCCCCAUGUCCCUCCUCUGGGCAUGUGGAGACAGUUACGGCCUGAGAAAGCUUAAGCAACACAUGGAAGACAGCUAACAUUAUUUGCAGGACAUGAAAGAAAAAAAAUCUCACAAAUCAAUUUAAAUGUUGAAGAAGAUGAUUGUUAUUUAAAAAGAACAGAUGCUUUUUUACUUUUUAAUGGACAGCCGGAGAAUAAAAGAACCUUAACGCUGUCUGAAAACAACUCUCAAGUGUGCGUGUGAAACUGUGUGUGCGUGUGUGUGUGUGCGUUCAUGAACAUAUGCAUGUGUUUACAGAGCUGAUUGUGUGUGGGAAGAGGGAGGCUGACUUACUGUACCCAAGAGUGUCACUACUUCAGAUGAUGUCACACACACACACACACAUACCCACACACACACACGCACACACACCCUGAGAGUUCAGUCCUUCUUUGCUAAGCAGCAGGGCAGUAAUGGAUGUUAUUAGGCUCAGUGUUACUGUCAUUGCAGAUAUGUCACUUGCACAGCGGGCUGGUCCUGCUAGUUAGCAUUUCAGAGCAGCGGUCUCACAUUACACGUAGCCUGCAGGAUGUUUUAUAAGCAAUUUUGUCCACUUCAGACUCCUGCACUCAGAAUUGAUAUGCAUUGAAUAAUUUUGGAUAAACUGGAUUAUUGAAUUAUUCAUGUCCUCGACACAGGCUGCUUCAUUCAGUUGUGAUGCCGGGCUGAACCAAUAAAACAACUUCCCUGUU